CUUAAGGUUAAUAAAUCCUUCCAAUUCCUCUCUUUUACUCCACCGCUUUCUCGCCCAUUCAUCCACACGAUAUUCUAUCGUUAGUCGCUCUUUUACCUUACCUUGCGGUACUUGCAAGUAGAUCUUACAUCCAUUCGUUCGUUCAUUCAUCCAUUGAUUCACUCUUUCAAUAUACCAAAUAUUCGAAUAUCCGGCGCCACAUCCAGUAUGAUCCCCACGGUCUUCCUCACCCUCCUUGGCACGGCAACGCUGGCCACCGCCACAAUCAGUUACAACAGUACCCUCACCCACCCGGGUGACGACGAGCCCUGGUUCGACGGAUCUAUCCCCGCCACCUCCAUCUCCGAAUCCUGCGGAAGCGCGUACGCGCAGGACCUCCCGUGCGACGAAUGGCUUCUGAACGCCUUCAAUCACGAAUCCUCCGAGGAGGAAAAAUUCAACAACAGCACCCUCAAAGCCCUAUGCACAGAUACUUGCAUCCUGGGUCUACAAAAAUGGCGCGACGAUGUCCGCAAGUCCUGCACCGAUAAGGACGUCGGUAGGAAAGCCAGCAUUGGCCAACAGACCAUCGCUUCACUAAUCGAUACGAAAAUAAUGUUUGUCCAGUAUUUGUAUUGGCCGACUUGUAUGAAGGAUUUGAAGAAAGGCACGCUCUGCUACGCCGAUGGCAGCAACGGCAUGUACACAGCCUCCAGCGACGACACCGAGAACACGCCGGAAGUGAUCGAUGCCUUCUGCAAAAAUAAUUGCCAGACCCAGGCUUCCGUGUUCACUUGGGUCGUUGGUGAAACGGUGUUUAACGAUACCGCGGAUAUUAAUAUUGCCGACGCGAGGAAGAUUUGUAAGGGGCUGGACACAAGCGGGUACCCGUUUUUGAAGGAUUCGAGUGCCACUGGGGGUUCUUCCUCCAGUUCUUCCAGCUCGGGGGCCGUCGGGGCGGCGAAUUCAACGGGUGGGAAUGGAACGGAGGCGGAUACCAAGAAUGAUGGCGUUAGGGUCGGGGGGAGUGUCGGGUUGUUGACUACCCUGGUUUUGGGGGCCGUGAUGGUGGGGCUUGGGAGUUUGUGAGUGGGUAUGCUCGGAGUGGGUAAUAUGUUGUUUUAGUAAUUUUGAAUGGGUAGAUAUGAUAAUUGAGUUGACCGGCACGUGGGCGAGUCGAGCAUUGUGCGGUUUAUUGCGUGGUAGUCCGUGGCCACCUUUGAGGAAUGGGUGCAAGGUCAUUUCGCGUGAUGUCGGAGAAAAUCCGCACCCGGCCCCGGCGUGCCUAUCGCAAUACAAUUACUCCUAGUGAGGAUAGUAACCUAGAUACCUCCAAAACAAUAGUAAGCUUGAGAUACCAAUAGAGCAAUGGAAACUAUCAAAAAUCUAA